AUGGCGGUUCAAGGGUGGAACCCGAUCAAUUACAUCAGCACCGGCGCUGACGACGAGGGCAAUGAGAUCUUCGAGGUCGUACAACUCCCCAUCCUUCCUCCAAAGCGCCGCCCGCCAAUCUGCUGCUGCCUCGGGCCUCACAAACACAAGGUCGAAGAAUAUGAAGACGGUCCAGACUCUCCGACCUCUCCUCGAGCCCCAAAAGUCGCCGCAAAGAAGAAUCGCCCAGCCGCGCAGGCAAAAUAUCAGGACUACCCACCCGAGACCUCACACCAAGAGAUGAUCGACGGAGAUCCGAGCCUGCUCAGCCACGACAACAUCUACCGCAUCGCACAAAAGUACAACAUGGCCGAACUUGCCGACGCUGUCAAUGCGAGCCAUGGCAUGUCAGUUGUCACCUCCCAGCUUCUCUGCAACCGACUUCAGCGUUCUGUCGAUGCUAAAGUCAAGCGUGAGGGUAGGACGAGGGCAGAUGUACGCGAGGAACUGCGGCAGGUCCAGCUUGCCAAUGGCGUGCCGCUCAAUGGCAGGAAGCGUAAGAGUGACGUUGGUGAGGCCGGAGAGCAGAAUGUUGGCAAGAAGCGGAAGGCUGAGACGAAAGGCGAAGAAAAGGGUCCGUUGAAGAAGCGAAAGGCGGAUGCAGGUAGCGAAGUCGAGGAGCCGGCCGAGAAGCAGAAGGCUGGAUGCGGGGGCGAAGUCAACGAAGUUGUCGAGCAGAACGCAGGAACGCAAGCCUCAGUCAAGGAUGUUGUCAAGCAGAACGCAGGCAUGCAAGACCCGGUCGAGCAUGCAGAGCAGAAGCGGAAGGCAAGUUCAGAGGCCGAAAUCCUAGAGGUGGUCAAGCAGCUCGUGGGCUCGCAAGGUGUUGUCCAGGAGGCCGCCAUGGAGCAAACGGGCGGUGUUGAAGGCCAAGUCAAGGACGGAGUCGAGCAGAACGCACGCCCGCAAGAUUUGGUCAAGGAGGCAAGCAAGAAGCGAAAGGCAGACCCAAAGGGAGAGGACAAGGAGGUGAUCAAGAAGCGGAAGAGUGCUACAGACGUCGACCUCGAGUCCGAUCAGGAGGUGGCAGAGAAGGUACCGAGUGGUGAUAACGAGGGAAUCCGGGCGAAAAAGCAGGCAACCCCGGACAGAGUGGUAACGGCUUCCGGCUUCGUCUUGUGGAAUAUUGACUAG